UCAACGUGCCGUGCGCCGGGCUGUGUCAUCAAUCGCUUCUCUCUGCAAGACAGUGCCUUUGUAGCAACGCAGACACGAUCCAUAGCCAUCGAAGUGCGCUGCCGUAGUGUCAGUCAGGCAUGGCAUCCACGCUAGCGACCAAAAUCGGGCGCAAGGUACUCGGCGAUCAUCUCAAGACGGCCGAGCCUGCAGAUCCCCGAUAUGAGACCUAUACGAACGCAAAGGGCAAGCAGAAGAGGCGCAACCGUCCAAUGCCCGAGGGUCUGACCAAACAGGAGCAAAAGAUACUCGGCAAGAUCAGACGUCGAGCUCGGCGACUCGAUCGUGGAUUCAGUCUCUGCGGCUUCAGGUUCGGCUACACUGCCAUUCUUGGCCUCAUCCCAGUCGUCGGCGACGUCGCUGACCUCAGCCUGUCCUACUAUCUCGUCAUCAAGCCUGCCACAAAAUGCGAUCUGCCCAACUCACUCAAGCAGCACAUGCUGUUCAAUCAGGCUGUCGCGACAGGCAUCGGCAUCGUACCCAUCGUCGGCGACAUCGCCUAUGCGGCUUGGAAGCCUAACUCAAGAAACGCCUUUCUUUUUGAAGAGUUCCUCAUCAAGCGCGCUGCCAAAGGCGGUGCGGCAGCAGGCCAUGAGCACAAUCAGGCAGCUGCUCAGCAGACAGUCCAGGAAGCCAAAGCGCCCGGCGGCGCUUCCAAGAAAUCCUCGUGGUGGACCGCCAAUAAGGCGACUCACAGCGACGGAUCACCCGCUGGCGAUCGCGCUCACGAAUCACAUGCCACUUCAGCCGAUCUUGCAGCCCCUUCUCACGCAGCACAGACAUAUCCAGCUCAGCCAGCGCCAACACCGGCACGGGCGGCCCAGCCUGCAACACAACAACCAACAGCUAUGCGUUGAUUCCACAUGUACACCAGCCUUGAUGUGACAUCACAUACGAUCUUAUUGCAUAAUCACACUACAACGCUCAGUAGUAAGACCGAU